UUCAGGAGACUAGGGAGCGCAUGCAGGCUUUGGGCUAGCAGGCAGACUCAGUACUGAUCCGGACAAGUGAGACAGGUGCUGUCCUGAUUGACAAAGGAAACCAGGCACACCUCCACCUCUUGAUCCUCUGGUAAACUUCUGGGAUACCUGAGGGUUUUUAGGAACCCCCCCCCCCAUCCAGGCUUCGCCCUGGAGGCCAAAAGCCUCGUUGAGGGCUCUGAGGAGGGGGAAUGCUGUGGGAGCUGCUCCCCUCCCCCUGCGUCCCCACUCGUGUCACCUGUACUCACUGUGGAGGAGCCAGGCUUCACCACUGUGGAGCUGUGCCAAGAUGGAGAAGACAUCUGCCUGACUGCAUCUGAAGGAGGGAUGGAGGAGAUGAGUGGUCAAGAUCCAAUCUGUGAAGACAUGCAAAGGAAAGACCAAAGAUUGCCAUUCCAGAUCUUCCCUGACCCUGUCGAGGUUGUCCUGGGCCCAGAGACCUCCUUGAACAGCCUGGACCAGGACCAUGGGAAGGAGCGUCUGCCCUCCAUCGUGGUGGAACCCACAGAAGUGAGCGAGGUGGAGAGUGGAGAGCUGCGCUGGCCUCCAGAGAACAUGGACAUGGAGGAAGACGAGGAGGACCUGUUCUUAGAGCAGUGCAUCCCCCCAGCUAACAUCGCAGACUGGGGAGACGAGGAGGAAGAGGAUGAGGAGACAUCAGUUAUACUGAACCAGCAGCAAGGCUUGACACUAAUUGACCUUCAGUCAGAUGCCUUUCGAGAUGACACUCCCACACUUCCACCGAGCAGUGCUCCGGCCCUCAACUGACUUAACCCCUAAGACCUCUGCACCUCUGAUGACACAGUGAGGAAACAUCCCGCUAUCAAGUAUGUCAACAUCUAUGACAAAACAUAGCAACCGGGACUUUGACAUUCAAAGUGUGAACUGAAAACCAAUGUCAUUGAUACACAGCUACAUGGCAACUGUGAAAUUUAUGCUCUCAUUUAUAUGAGUGCGUCCAAGAAAAGCCAUAUACAUGCCUGCACAUGAGAACACGAACAGGGACGUAAAUACACAAACGCACAUUCUCUGACACUCAAAAGUCAGCUCGCUGACGCUGGUGAUAGAGAGUUGAGCAACAUGGUGUCUUUACAGGUUUUUAAAUGUUAGGGAAAAUUUUGCUGACGCUGUGACUUUGUGUUUCAUUUCCCCCUUUAUUUCCUAAUUUUAAGGGCUCAGUGAUGUCAUAAGGCAAAGAAUACAUGUUGGCAUGGCAAGAAAUUUUCUUUAGUUUGUGUUUUGUUCAUUAUCGAUACUUCACUUUCGUCUCUGACACAGAUAACAGCCUGUACGUGAAUUAACAUCAUUGAUCAUCGUUCUCAUCAUCACUGGUGACAUCUGAGGACAUUUACUUGGUUAUAUCCUCAUUAUGUACAGUAUUUGUUAAAGUGCUGUAAAGUGUGUUGGCUGUUCUCUGGAUUGACUUACUGUUUUUGCUCUUUGUUGAAUUUGUUGAGCACUGUAAGCUGUGGUUUUUUAAAACUGGUCACAGUGGUUUCCCUGGUCACGUUCUGUUGAGGCAUCAUUUAAUUUGAAUUUUCUCACAAAGGCAGCCAUUUCAUCAGGAUCAGAUUUCUCAUUUGACACAUAAUGUGAAUAACAAAUACAGACAAAUGUUGUAAUCCUUAAAAUCAGCAUUUUCCAAAAGGUUCCGUAAAUCACUGCUCAUUCUUAUAACCUUGGAUUGGACAUUUGUUUUGUUUGUCAUGUGUAUUUAACAAAAAAAGGAAGGCAGCUCUAGGCAGCUUUUCAUCACAACAGCUGUAGAUGCUACUGAGAAUUGUAUUUGUGUAAUAAUGCUCUAAUUUGUGUGUAGGAUAAUUUGUGAAUAACUUGUAUAUAUGAAAAAGUUGUUGUGUUACUGUAAAAUGAUUAUUAUGGACUUGACAAUAAAGCAUAAUUGUCCCAUUAAUA